GCUUUUGCUCGGCUCAGUGCUGUAUAUGGUGGGACGUACAUGCUGAAUAAACCUGAGUGCAAGGUGGAGUUUAAUGAGGAAGGCAAGGUUCUUGGUGUCACAUCAGAAGGUGAAACUGCUCAGUGCAAGAAAGUUGUAUGUGAUCCUUCCUACUUGCCCAACAAGGUUAGGAAAGUUGGAAGGGUUGCAAGGGCAAUUUGCAUUAUGAGCCACCCAAUCCCAAAUACCAAUGAUUCUCACUCAGUGCAGGUUAUUCUACCACAAAAGCAAUUGGGUCGCAAAUCAGAUAUGUAUCUUUUUUGUAGUUCUUACUCGCACAAUGUUGCCCCAAAGGGGAAGUUUAUUGCAUUCGUCUCGACAGAGGCAGAGACUGAUCAGCCUGAGAUUGAACUAAAGCCUGGAAUUGAGCUUCUAGGGCAAGUGGAGGAGAUAUUCUUUGAUGUUUAUGACAGAUAUGAACCAGUCAAUGAGCCCUCUCUGGACAAUUGUUUCAUAUCGACUAGCUAUGAUGCCACCACUCACUUUGAGUCAACCGUUGUGGAUGUGCUCAACAUGUACACCAUGAUUACUGGAAAGGUUCUGGACCUCAACGUUGAUUUAAGUGCUGCCAGUGCUGCUGAAGAAUGAGAAAACCUUUGGUUUCUGCAUGUUCCUAUUCGUGUUCAGUUCUGCCAAAUUCCUAAACAUUGCAAGUUUCCGGUGGAAUUUGCCUAGUGAAAAAGGGAUCAUAUUUAAUUGGUUGUCUGCUUUCUUAUCAUAGACAAGUAUUACAUGAUAUGUAAUAGAAGAUGCAUUUAUAUACUCGUUGAAAUCUUGUUUUCAAUUCGUCUUUACGUGGUUUCUUAAUGUUAUAACCGGAAGAACAAAGUCGGAAUGAGCAUUCAUGAGUUGGAUUUCCACCUUCAAAAGAUGGUACUAAGUUUGAGACUGGGAUACCACUCAUAAUUUGGGCCCUUUUAUUUUUUUUUUCGGUGUUGAA